CACAGCACAACUCACCUAUAUCUCUCAUUACAAUUUAUUUAAUCUUAUUCCUUCCUAAAAUUCUGCAUCAUCAUGGUCCUUGGAACAAUGGCAAGACAUUUGGACACAAUAAUAGGGCCUGGUGUGAUGCUUCUUUAUCCUCUAUAUGCAUCAAUGAAGGCGAUUGAAAGUCCUUCAACCUUAGAUGAUCAACAAUGGCUAACGUAUUGGGUUUUAUACUCCUUCUUGACUCUCUUUGAGCUUUCCACUCAUAGGAUCCUAUGUUGGUUUCCAAUUUGGGGAUACCUGAAGCUUGUGUUUUGCAUCUGGUUGGUGCUGCCAAUGUUCAAUGGAGCGGCUUACAUAUAUGAAAAAUAUGUGAGGCAAUACAUAAAGAAUAUUGGAAGCUACAGAAGUUCCAAUUAUCCUGAGGAGUACAAGAAGGUCCUUCACAUGAUGACCAUCGAUGCAAGGAAAGCAGUUGAACGCUAUAUCGAUAGACAUGGCCCUGAAGCUUUUGAGAGAGUAAUCAGAGCGGCUGAAAAAGAAGCGAAAAAGCGCUGAGUGAGUAUGGAUUUGACCGGUUUUGGAAUGAAAAGAACGUAAACAUGCUCCAAACGAUACUUCUUCCAGUGUACAUUUUCAACAUGAUGGAGACGGAGUCUCACAAUUAUAGUUUAAUUAAAUAACAGCAAUUGUAAGCUUGAUAUAAAUUUUAUAUGUACCUUUCCAUGGUUUAAAAAAUGCACGUAAGAGCAAAAAAGUAUAUGGUUAAAUUAA